AUGGAGCGUCGGCGGCGAGUGACCGGAGAAGCACCAACUGAAAAGAGGAUCCUCCUCGCGUCACUAUCCGCAAUGGUCGCAGAGUCAGUUACAUUUCCCAUUGAUCUCACAAAGACCAGAAUGCAGCUCCACGGUUCCGGAUCCGGAUCCUCCCACCGGGUCGGCGCCAUCGGAGUUGUCUCUGAAAUCAUGAAGCAGGAAGGGAUGAUGGGUUUCUACAAAGGUCUCUCUCCGGCGAUUAUAAGACACUUGUUCUACACGCCGAUCAGAAUCAUAGGGUACGAGAAUCUGAAAGGGUUCAUUGUCAGGUCCGAAGCUAACAACGGCGAGUCUCUUCCUUUAGCUACUAAGGCUCUCCUCGGAGGGGUCUCUGGUGUAAUGGCUCAGGUUGUGGCUAGCCCGGCUGAUUUAGUGAAAGUGAGGAUGCAAGCAGAUGGGAGAUUAGUGAGCCAAGGUCUGAAACCGAGGUACUCUGGACCAGUGGAAGCUUUCACCAAGAUCCUACAAUCAGAAGGAGUGAAAGGGUUGUGGAAAGGUGUUGUUCCGAACAUACAGAGAGCGUUUUUAGUGAACAUGGGUGAGUUAGCUUGCUAUGAUCACGCUAAACACUUUGUGAUCGAUAAAAAGAUCUCGGGUGGGGAUAACAUUUACGCGCAUACUCUUGCAUCUAUAAUGUCGGGUCUUGCUUCGACGACUCUGAGUUGUCCUGCUGAUGUGGUGAAGACGAGGAUGAUGAAUCAAGGGGAGAAAGGUGUGUACAGAAGCUCGUAUGAUUGUUUGGUGAAGACGGUUAGGUUUGAAGGAGUAAGAGCUUUGUGGAAAGGCUUUUUGCCGACAUGGGGGAGGCUUGGACCAUGGCAGUUUGUGUUUUGGGUCUCUUACGAGAAGUUUAGACAGCUUGCUGGUCUCUCUUCCUUUUAG